AUGGAACUUCUAGUCCUAUUCUUUCUUGUGAUAGUGGGUACCAUUGCCAAGCCCCAGGGUUACAAUUUAGCACCUCCUUCUGGGUCAUCUUUACUCCCACGAAGAUGCAGUAAAGGACAGGUGUUACAUGUGGAUGGCAGAUGCGUUACUGCAAGAGUCAACCGUCGUGUGUUCUUGUAUGAUGUGCCCAAAACUCCCAGGCCAGUAGGUCCUCCACCUUUCAUCCCUGCACCAACCGUGGAGACCAACCUAUUGUUCAUUCGAACUCCCGAAGGAGGACAAGGACCAGAUCCUAUCGUUGUGCCUCCUCCGCAAAGGGAACAUAUAGUGUACGUCCUGAAUAAACAACCUGAAGAAGUUCAAAAGGUAAUUGAAGUUCCUGCACCCCCACCGUCUGACCCAGAGGUUUACUUUGUUAACUACGCUGAAGGAGAAAACCCGACUCUUCCAAGCGGAGUGGACCUGCAGACUGCUUUGGAUGCGGCUUCGGCUAGCAGUGGUCAGGUAGUUGGGAGUACCAGUGGUUUCGGAAGCAGCAGUGGUAUCGGAAGUGGUACCAGCAGUGGCUUGGGAGUUUUGAAUGGUUUUGGAAGCAGUAGUGGUACCAGAGGCGGAAGUAUUUUCGGAAGCAGCAAUGGUUUUGAAAGCAAUGGUUUCGGAAACAGCGAUGGCUUCGGAAGCAAUGGUUUCGGAAGCAGCAAUGGCUUUGGAAGCAAUGGAUUCGGAAGCAGCAGUGGUUUCGGAAGCAUCGAUGGCUUUGGAAGCAAUGGAUUCGGAAGCAGCAGUGGUUUCGGAAGCAGCGAUGGCUUUGGAAGCAACGGUUUCGGAAGCAGCAAUGGUUUUGGAGGUAUCAGUGGUUUCGGCAUUGGUAGUAGUACCGGAAGCAGUAGUAGUUUCGUAAGCGAUAGUGGAUUUAUUUCCAGCAGUGUUGACUUAAAUAAUGGCGGGUUCAGUGCCAGUGAUGUUGGAAUCGGUGGCAUCUCGAGCGAUAUACUUACUUCAACGCCCCCGCGUUUGUAUAGAACACCUUAA